GAACAGAGAAGGAAGCCCCGACGGAGAGAGAGAGUGAGUUCAGAGGAUGCCGGAACUCCCGGAGGUGGAGGUGGCUCGGCGGGCGAUCGAGGAGCACUGCGUCGGGAAGAAGAUCACCGGAUGUUCGGUGGCCGACGAUCCGAAGGUCAUCGAUGGCUUCUCCCGUGCUGACUUUGAGUCCGCCUUAGUCGGUAGGAGCAUCGUCGCCGCUCUCCGCAAGGGGAAGAACCUGUGGCUCCGCCUUGACUCCCCGCCCUUUCCCACCUUCCAGUUCGGGAUGGCAGGUGCGGUCUAUAUCAAGGGCGUGGCCUUGACCAAGUACAGAAGGGCUGCGGUGAACGAUACAGAUGAAUGGCCUUCGAAAUACUCGAAGGUGUUUGUCAAACUAGAUGAUGGGCUGGAGUUUUCUUUUACUGAUAAGAGGCGUUUUGCCCGAGUUCGCUUGCUUGAUGAUCCAGAAUCUGUACCUCCAAUUUCUGAGCUAGGGCCAGAUGCCCUGUUAGAGCUUAUGCCAGUUGAUGACUUUGUGGACUCACUAAGCAAAAAGAAGAUUGCAAUAAAGACUCUCUUACUUGAUCAGAGUUAUAUUUCAGGUAUCGGUAACUGGAUAGUAGAUGAGGUGCUUUACCAGGCGAAGCUUCAUCCCCUUCAAAUUGCUUCAAGCUUGUCAAAAGAGAGUUGCAAGUCAUUGCACAGAUGCAUCAGAGAGGUAAUAGACAAGGCCCUGGAAGUUGGAGCUGAUAGUAGUCAGUUCCCCAAAGAUUGGAUUUUUCAUUCUCGUGAAAAGAAAUCUGGGAAGGCCUUUGUAAAUGGGAAGAAGAUCAAUUUCAUCAAAGUAGGUGGCAGAACUUCAGCAUACGUGCCGGAGUUGCAGAAGUUAACCGGAAAUCAGUCAAAAGAGGCUCCGAAAAAGAAGUCAAGAAAAGCCAGGUCCGAUGUGGAAGAAUCAGAAAGCGAGGAAGACGAUAAUAAUGGAACUUCCAAGAGAAGCAAGACAACUGAAGGCGUCGAGGGGCAGCAAAAGAAAAAAACCAGUGAGUUCAAGAGCGAUAGUAUUCCAAGCAAAGGAACGACGCAGAAACAAGUCAAAGCUGCGAGAGGCACAUCAAAGAAGCUGUCAGAAUCCAGUCGAGCCACCACACGACAGAAGAAAGCAAAAAUAUAGGUGUAUGGAGGCUAAUUUUGAAUCAGCCAUCUUUUGAAGGAGCAUUUUGGUCUUCCUGUGUGUGCUUAUUGUGCUUUAGGAUACAGCUUGGUUGAUGGCACGGUGACUGGAUAUCAACCGUAUCACUGUCAUGCAAAGUUACAUUAUAGCUGGGAACUGCUGCCAUGGCAUUUUGCUACUUGGCCAUGGUUGCAGGUGUGUGAUGCUCUUGUUUCUGUUUACAUGUGCUGCGUGCUGCAGUCAUUUGGAUUCUCAUAGUUCAACUUAACGAGGUGGUGAUGCAAAAUUUAUUCAUAAUAUCUUAUA